GUCAACGUCACUACUGUAAGAUCGUAUGUUUUGUACUCUUUGUUCCAUUAUUUUAUACUGACUAGUAAUUUGCCAAAAAUGCAGUUUUGUAUUUCCCUUAAGUCGUACAAUACCUUUACAAAACGUCAAUAAUAUCACAAAAGUUAUAAUUAUUUUAAAAACGAAACACGAUCUUUCGCGUGUAAGCUCGCUGGAAUAUUACGGAUCUUUAGCCGUAUAUUCGUAAAAAUAAAAUUAUUAUAAGCCGGUUUAUUUAACAGCAUGGCUAUUAAAGUCCUAUGCAAUAAGUCCAACCCGCCUCUAGGUGGUUUGCUAGCUGUGGAGCUAUAUCGUUUUCUCGGGAAUACGAUAGACGUAACUUGGAGUAAUGAGAAUUCAGUUACACUGCCAAAAUCGUCAAAAUCAGUGCCAUAUGGAAGUAGUAAUGAUUUGAUAAGAAUAGUGGAGAAUGUCUUCAAUAAAUCAGUGGAGCCUCUACAGAAGGUGACUAUGAAUCACUGGCUGUCAUUCAGCCUUGUCCUGGAUGACGAAAUCCCCAAAUCCAUUGAGUAUUUGGACAAGAUACUUGGUGUUUUGACUUAUUUAGUGGGAGAGUCAUUGUCUGUGUCAGAUUUGGCAGUAUUCAGUGUGCUCCAUGUAUCUACAAAGUUCAAGGAGGCAGCAAAGAAGAAUCCUCCAAACAAUAUUAUCAGGUGGAUGAAACUCAUUCAAGCUCAGCCUCCAGUGACCAAAGCUCUGAAAGAUAUUCCCUCUGAAGUCAUGGACAACUUGACAAAAGCCAGUUCAAGGAGAUCUCCGGCUGCCAACACCGAGUCCAGUGGCCGGCAGCAAGAAGGAAAGUUUGUUGAACUGCCCCAUGCUGAGAUGGGCAAAGUUAUUGUAAGAUUCCCACCGGAAGCCUCUGGAUAUCUACACAUCGGCCACGCGAAAGCUGCGCUGCUGAACCAGUACUACCAGCAGGCGUUCCAAGGGAAGCUCAUCAUGAGGUUUGAUGACACCAACCCUGCUAAAGAGAAUGUAGACUUUGAGAAGGUUAUCCUGGAAGACGUGGAGAUGUUGGAGAUCAAGCCGGACCUGUUCACACACACAUCCCAGUACUUCGACCUGAUGCUGCAGAUGUGUGAGCAACUCAUCAAGGAAGGCAAGGCGUUCGUGGACGAUACUCCAGCGGAGCAGAUGAAGCAGGAGAGAGAACAGAAGAUUGACAGUAGAAACAAAAAGAACUCGGUCCAAAAUAACCUGCAACUCUGGGAGGAAAUGAAGAAGGGUUCUGCGAUCGGCGUCCAGAACUGCGUACGCGCAAUCAUCGACAUGCAGUCGACCAACGGCUGCCUGCGGGACCCCACCAUCUACCGCUGCAAACCGGAGCCGCAUCCCAGGACUGGGACACAGUACAAAGUAUACCCAACAUACGACUUCGCGUGUCCAAUAGUGGACUCAAUUGAAGGCGUCACCCACGUCCUCCGCACUAUGGAGUACCACGACCGAGACCCGCAGUUCUACUGGUUCAUCGACGCCCUGCGUCUGAGGAAGCCCUACAUCUGGGAGUACAGCCGGCUGAGCAUGACCAACACUGUGCUGUCGAAGAGGAAGCUCACUUGGUUCGUGGACCAAGGGUUGGUCGAUGGAUGGGACGACCCCCGAAUGCCGACAGUUCGCGGGGUGCUGCGGCGCGGCUUGACCGUGGAGGCGCUGCGGCAGUUCAUACACGCGCAGGGCUCCAGCCGCUCCGUGGUCUUCAUGGAGUGGGACAAGAUCUGGGCCAUCAAUAAGAAGGUCAUAGACCCGAUCGCGCCGCGGUACACAGCGCUCGAAACAAAUCCAGUGGCAGUGAACCUGAAAAACAUAUCUACCGACAGCAGAAUAUCCGUGGCAUUACACCCAAAGAACCCAGCGGUGGGUUCCAAGGAUGUCUGGGUGUCGAACAGGCUGCUCAUAGACCAGGUGGACGCGAAGACGCUCAAGGAAGGGGAGAACGCCACAUUUAUUAAUUACGGGAACGUUUUGAUUGAUAAGAUUCACAAAUCAGCUGACGGUACAGUGACCAGCAUAGACGCGACUCCAAACUUAGAAAACAAGGAUUACAAAAAGACACCCAAACUAACCUGGUUAGCGGACACACCGCAGUCGCCAUUUGUCGAAGUAUAUUGUGUUUACUUCGACAACAUCAUAUCGAAACCCGUGCUUGGGAAAGAUGAGGAUUUCAAACAGUACAUCGGACACCAGACUAGGUGGGAGAUCCCAAUGCUGGGCGAGCCGGAGCUGGUCAAAGUGAGAGUGGGCGACAUCAUACAGCUGCAGCGGCGCGGCUUCUUCCGUGUCGACGUGGCGGCCUCGCCCCCCUCCGCGCUCUCGGGCCGCGCCGCGCCGCUCGCGCUGCACCACGUGCCUGACGGACACACUAAGGACAUGCCGGGACAGCCAAAACCAGUUCAAACCGGCAGCGCCAAACAGCCAGCGCCCUCUGCGUCGACUAACGACGCUGUCCUACACGAGCAGAUCACAAAGCAAGGAGACUUGGUGCGCCAACUCAAAGCCGCGAAGACUGAUGAUGACGCCAAAAAAAUAUUAAAUGUCAAAGUCACGACUUCGGACGGUGCAGCAGAUUUGAAUCAAGAGAUCACGAAGCAAGGUGACCUGGUGCGUUCCCUCAAGGCUGCCAAAGCGGAGAAACCGAAGAUCGACGAGGCUGUGAAGGCUCUUCUGGACCUCAAGGCCAAGUACAAGGCUGCCACGGGACAAGAUUGGAAACCAGGGUGCUCGGCCCCUGCAGCGGACGCCGGCUUCAAGAAAGCCAAGGUAGACGAAGCUGUCAAGGUGCUGUUGGAUCUAAAAGCCAAGUACAAAGCGACCACAGGGAAGGACUGGCAACCGGGACCGGCGCCAGCGGUUUCAGCGCCCCCUGGCGGCGGCGACGCGACCAGCCUCGACCAGGAGAUCACCAAACAAGGGGACCUGGUGCGGUCCCUCAAAUCAGCUAAAGCAGAGAAGGCCAAGGUUGAUGAGGCUGUCAAAACACUGUUAGACUUGAAAGCGAAGUACAAAACUGCUACAGGACAGGAUUGGAAACCGGGCAGCACUCCAGCACCACAGAAAGCUGCAGCUGUACCGCCGUCAUCUGAUGUCGGCGGAGUUCUCCAACAGAUAGCGGCGCAGGGAGACAAGGUUCGAGCGCUCAAGUCGCAGAAGGCAGAGAAGGCGGCCGUGGAGGCGGAGGUAAAGACUCUGCUAGCAUUGAAGGCACAGUACAAGACACUGACCGGCUCUGAUUGGACCCCCAACACUAUUGCUCCUGAUACAAAGAAGGCAACCCCAGAGGCAGCUAUGAACGGCGGCGACGACAGAGCCACGGCGCUGGCCGACGACAUCGCCAAGCAAGGCGACAUUGUUAGAGACCUCAAGGCUAAGAAAGCUGAUAAGGCCACAAUAGACGCGGAGGUGAAGAAGCUUCUAGAACUGAAGGCGAGCUACCAAACUGUGACCGGCGUAGCGUUCGCGGCAGCGCCAGUGAAGAAAGACAAGAAGGUGAAGGCCAAAGACAAACCGAAACAGGAGAAAAAGGAGGCACCCAAGGAAAUGGCAAAACAAGUGCAGGAAGAAUCAUCUACGGGUGUGAAGAAAGUCACCCGAUUAGGCUUGGAGGCGAGCAAAGAAGUCAAUUUAUCCGAAUGGUAUUCGCAAGUUAUUACCAAAUCGGAAAUGAUCGACUACUACGACAUAUCCGGGUGCUACAUCCUGCGGCCGUGGUCGUACAGCAUCUGGGAGCAGAUCAGGAGUUUCCUCGCGAAAGAGUUCAAGAAAAUCGGCGUCAAAGAUUGCUACUUCCCAAUAUUCGUCUCUAAGGCGGCGCUCGAACGCGAGAAGACGCACAUAGCGGACUUCUCCCCGGAGGUGGCGUGGGUGACGCGCUCGGGCGCCUCGGAGCUGGCGGAGCCCGUGGCCGUGCGGCCCACCUCCGAGACCGUCAUGUACCCGGCCUACGCGCGCUGGCUGCACAGCCACCGCGACCUGCCGCUGCGGCUCAACCAGUGGAACAAUGUUGUGAGAUGGGAGUUCAAACAGCCGCAGCCGUUCAUAAGGACGCGGGAGUUCCUGUGGCAGGAGGGGCACUCUGCCUUCAGGUACCUCGAGGAAGCUGAGGAGGAAGUGCUGCAAAUUCUUGACUUGUACGCGCGAGUAUACGAGGAGCUGCUCGCCAUCCCUGUCAUCAAAGGGAGGAAGACAGAGAAGGAGAAAUUCGCAGGCGGAUACUACACCACUACCACAGAAGCGUAUAUACCAGCCAGCGGCAGGGCCAUUCAGGGCGCGACCAGCCACCUCUUAGGCCAGAACUUCUCCAAAAUAUUCGAAGUCGUGUACGACGACCCGGACACUCACGAGAAGGCAUACGUUUACCAGAACUCUUGGGGUAUCACCACCCGCACGAUAGGAGUAAUGAUUCUCGUGCAUGGCGACGACCGCGGUUUAGUCCUGCCGCCUCGAGUGGCCGAGGUCCAAGCUAUAGUGGUGCCCUGCGGCAUCACGGCCUCCAGCACCGCGGACGAGAGGAAGGCGCUGAUGGACUCCUGCAAACAGUUGGUGGACACGUUGGUGGCUGCGGGCAUCAGGGCUGAAGGUGACUACAGAGAUAACUACUCCCCAGGAUGGAAGUUUAACCAUUGGGAAUUAAAGGGGGUUCCAAUUCGCGUAGAACUAGGCCCUAAGGACAUGGCGCGCGACGAGCUGGUGGCGGUACGGAGGCUCACCGGAGAGAAGAUCACCAUGAAGCGUGCGGAAGCAGCCACUUUGCUACUAGCGUUGCUUGAGACUACGCACAAGGAAAUGUUUGAAAAGGCAACAAAAGACCGGGACGCACGGUUGUCGACGGUAAACAAAUGGGAAGACUUCACAUCGGCUGUGGACCGCAAGCACAUCGUGUUGGCGCCGUUCUGCGGCGAGAUAAAGUGCGAGGACAAUAUCAAGAAGGACAGUGAGAGAACGGAAGAAGAUGAUACAGCCGAAAUUAAGGCCCCCUCCAUGGGUGCAAAGUCUCUCUGCAUUCCGUUCCUGCAGCCUCGCGAGAUCACCCCCAGCGACCGCUGCAUACACCCUGCAUGCAGUAACAAACCCAAGAACAUUGUGUUAUUCGGACGCAGCUACUAAUAUAAGCUUAAGUCCAUUAGAGAUUUUAUAAAUAUUUAAUUUGUAAA